UCCAUCACCAGAGCUCUUUCGCAGAUCUUCCCUUCGCGUUGGUGCAUCUGUGCUUCCAGCUGCAGACCCCAUCUGGAGCAAUUACUCUGUGGCCUCCUAGCGCCCCCUCGCGGAGCGCGUGAGACGUCCGGCUUGCAGACUUCCACAGAGGGUAGCAGCGAAAGGCGUGGUGGCUGCGACGGUGGAGUGAGACAGUUGACAACAGCUGGUGCAGCUGCCGCGCUGCGCAGGGGGACUGGCAAGUACGCAGCCCAGGUACUGCCCCUUCCCGGUGACGUGUCUGCAGAGCGUUAUAAAAGGCUCGCGCGCAGCCUGCCGAGGUUCUGCUUAACUCCCCAGCCCAGCAGGACCUGAGCCAAGAGGCGCUUGCGAAGCUCCAGGCGAGGUAGCGGCGGCGCGGCGGCGGCGGUGGCGGCGGCAGCGAAAGCAAAGGAAAAAUCUCCAGCUGCACACGGGCCCCAGAACCAUGACAUAGACUCAGAACUUUGGCAGGUCUCGCGGUGACGAGCAUCCCCUCUUUGCCCCCAAGUCCUCACGCAGAACAGGGCUUUGCAUUUCCCGCUGCAAGCAGGGAAAUAGGAGUUGCAUGCAGCAGGUGCAGAAAGGUGGGGGUCUCCUGCUUAGAACAGUGACCCGUGGAAUUUUUUUUCCUUUUCCAGCCCAACGCAGAAGAGACGCUCUUUCCAGAUUUCUGAACUCAAAUGCUUCUUGAAGCUUGAAAGUGGAAGAAUUCAGAGUCACAAGGGGCAGACAGCACAUCUAGAAGCAUUUAUCUACCGAGUGCCUAGUCUCCUGCUUGCAAGGAAAGAAUUCUGCCUACAGAGAGCCUGCACCCCUCCGGUCUUGGUUAAACAAGACGCUGACCCCAGGUCUGGGCCUUAGGACCCUGCUGCAAAGGCAGGGUGUGUACAGAGGGGAAAGCUGAACCACUUAGCAGAGGAAUGGAUAACAUCCUCCCAGUUGACUCAGACCUCUUCCCAAACAUCUCCACCAACACCUCGGAGCCCAACCAGUUCGUGCAGCCGGCCUGGCAAAUUGUCCUUUGGGCAGCUGCCUAUACGGUCAUCGUGGUGACCUCCGUGGUGGGCAACGUAGUGGUGAUGUGGAUCAUCUUGGCCCACAAGAGGAUGAGGACAGUGACUAACUAUUUCCUGGUGAACCUGGCUUUCGCGGAGGCCUCCAUGGCCGCGUUCAAUACUGUGGUCAACUUCACCUAUGCUGUCCACAACGAGUGGUACUAUGGCCUGUUCUACUGCAAAUUCCACAACUUCUUUCCCAUCGCUGCUGUCUUCGCCAGUAUCUACUCCAUGACGGCUGUGGCCUUCGAUAGGUACAUGGCCAUCAUCCACCCCCUCCAGCCCCGGCUGUCAGCCACAGCCACCAAGGUGGUCAUUUGUGUCAUCUGGGUCCUGGCUCUCCUGCUGGCUUUUCCCCAGGGCUACUACUCAACCACAGAGGCCAUGCCCAACAGAGUGGUGUGCAUGAUUGAAUGGCCAGAGCAUCCCCACAAGACUUACGAGAAAGCGUACCACAUCGGUGUGACUGUAUUGAUCUACUUCCUUCCCUUGCUGGUGAUUGGCUAUGCGUACACUGUGGUGGGAAUCACCCUAUGGGCCAGCGAGAUCCCUGGGGACUCCUCUGACCGUUACCACGAGCAAGUCUCUGCCAAGCGCAAGGUGGUCAAGAUGAUGAUCGUUGUUGUAUGUACUUUUGCCAUCUGCUGGCUGCCCUUCCACAUCUUCUUCCUCCUGCCCUAUAUUAACCCUGAUCUCUACCUGGAGAAGUUUAUUCAGCAGGUCUACUUGGCCAUCAUGUGGCUGGCCAUGAGCUCCACCAUGUACAACCCCAUCAUCUACUGCUGCCUCAAUGACAGGUUCCGUCUGGGCUUCAAGCACGCCUUCCGGUGCUGCCCCUUCAUCAGUGCUGGCGACUAUGAGGGGCUGGAAAUGAAAUCCACCCGGUACCUCCAGACCCAGGGCAGCGUGUAUAAAGUCAGCCGCUUGGAGACCACAGUCUCCACAGUGACAGGGGCCCAGGAGGAGGAGCCCGAGGAUGGCCCCAAGGCCACGUCCUCAUCCCAGGACCUGACCUCCAAUGGCUCCUCCCGCAGCAACUCCAAGACCGUGACGGAGAGCUUCAGCUUCUACUCCAACAUGCUCUCCUAGAACACGGGGUCUUCUACAGGCACAGCCACCACCAUCUUAGUCUUUUUUCAGUUAUGCAUGGAUAACUCCUUGAUCUGGAAACCAUCAGAAAUACCCUAACACUGGGGCUUGUGAAACAGGUCAGAGUGGUUUAGGGAAAACAUUCCAUCCCCCUGGAGUUUAAAAACCUGGAUUCUCCAUGUCUUUGCUACCCUCAUCCUGUGUGACCCAAGACAAAUCCAUGAACUUCUCUGAGCCUGUAAAGUGGGAAAGCUGGGCUUGUAUUUCUCUACAAACCAUUCCAUAAUUCUAGCAUUAACUUUGGUUGCACGGGGGGUUCAUUUCAGGAUGAACCCUGCAGUGUAGCAACAGACCAAGCUGAUCUGUUUGCCUGGAGCCUUUGUCCCACUGCAAUAAAGCUGUCCUCAGUCAUGCUCAGAUUAUCCUCUGUUAGCUGCUGGCUCUCAUCUUGUCAGCCUCACCCAGUAGGCUGCCCAAAAGGAACCCCAUAAAAUCUGAGGUGAAGAUUUAACCCCGUCUUCUAAGCAUCCAAGAAGAGGAGGCAUGGAUGCCUUGUUCCAGGCAUCUGAAUAUUUCAGUGCAUUUAAACAUCACAGGAUUGAGAACCUCAGGUUCAGCAGCAUUAUGUCCCCAGGCCUGUCCUGAGCAACCAGUAUAACAGAACAUAUCCACUGAUACCAGCUAAUGUCUGUUACAAACCAAGAAUGAGGAGACCUGCAUCAUACCUAAUCUAUCUGAGCCUCUUUCCUUAUUUGUAAAACUAUGGGGUUGAACUAGAUGAUUUAAGUGUCCCUUUGAAUUUUAACAUUCAAUGGUUUAAGAUUAUAUUAGUUUUUUGUUUGUUUCACCAAAAGUUGGUAGUCUCAGAAAGAACAGGAGCAGCAAGUCUAGUAACUUGAUACCCAGCUCCUGGAGUACACCAACUGCUAUGACCAUGGGCUAAUAUCCAUAUCAGACAUUCUCUGACUUAUCCUAAAACCUUGAAUAUGUUCCUUCUCCGGCAAGUCCUGGCCUUUGACAGAGCAGACGACUUCACACCAAAGCCUACAUCUCUCCCUCAGGCUCUAGCAGGCGAGUCCCACAGCUAGAGAUGCCAUCAGGGAGGAUGAACAUGUGGGCUCCCUGCUCUGGCCUCUUGGGUGUCUUCAGGCAGGGGCACUGAGCCAAGGUCUUACCUUUACACUAGUUAAUUGCGAAUAUGGCUAGUAUACAUAUAGCCAGUGAGGGAGGAAGCUGCGCCCCGCUCCACCACCUUGCAUCUCCUCUUCAGACCCUCUGACUCUCCUCUUCCUGCCCCAGGGCCCUGCUGGCCUCCUGUCUUUACAGAGUGGGACAGCUCACCAACCCCACAGGAGUUUACCAAGAGCCAGGAACUUAGGGCUUCAUGUCCCCAUACAGCUUUGGGGUUUCCAACAGGUGAGCAUGCAGUUUCUUUCUGGCUCCCAGAUCUUUGCUUUGUCCAGAUGUGGCUGAAAGCAGAAGCCUUUUGUAAUAUCCCUGAAUGUCCCCCUCAUGGUUUGGAGAAUGAAUAUGUGCUGCAUCUGUAAUGUUGAAGGAGAACAAUGCAGCUCACAGGGUGUACAGCCUUUACCAGCCGUUCUGGCUGUAACCCUACCAGGGUGUUGGUAGGCCUGGGGGUGUGGUUGAACAGCAGUAUAAGCCAGAAAGACCAACAGCCAUAUUCUGCAAAGCAGCAUGGAAAAAUUAUGUAAAUUAAGCAAGGCCAGCUCAAUGCAGGUAUAGGAAUGGAAGACAUAAUUUAGGGGCAACAUAAGUCAGUGCCCAAAGCAUUAGUCACUCAUACUUCCAAUAAAGAAUCAUGCUUUGUAUGUGUUAUUCACUUCAGAGGGUUGUAAAUAUCUGGCAUGAUUAUGUGAAGUACCUAAGAAGAAAGUGUCAAGGAGUUGGAGGCACCCUCUCCAUGGAAGUGGUUAGAUGGAAUUCAACAAGGAUUUAUGGAGCACCUGCUCUGAACUUGGCCCUGAGCUAGGGACACACAGCUCCUUCCACUCUUGAGAAGCCUACUGAACUAGCCAUUGCUAAUUCACAGGCCAUGGCUGCCCAUCAUGCAUGUAGGCAGCUGAGAAGCAGGUUCUCCACAGGAUUCUAAAGAUCCACACUCCACAUGGGCAAUGAAAGGCUGGGGCCUCCAGAGGGCCUUUGCAAUGGCAUUCUCUGAGAUAAUUCCGAAGACAGCCACCAGUCAGUGUGGGAACUGAAGAGGUGUGGUUGGACAGCAUCAUCACUGCACAUAGUCAGAGGCUGUUCAGGAUAGCCAUGGUGGUUUCAAAGGUGGCAAACAUCCCCACUGAGACAGCCCAGCAAGCCUUCCUCUGAUCCACUCUUCAACCUGGUUUAACUUCUAAAAAUGUUGUCAGCCCCCAUGUGUAAGAAACACCAUGGUUUGCACUGUGCAUGGGUCUCAUUCUCAUAGAAAUGUGAUCCUCCGUGUUUAUCUCCUGUGUUUUCCUGGAUGUACUGUCCAGUGGUAGUAGAAUACAAGUCGUCAUGGGGCUAUCUUUGUUGUUACUUCCAAAAACGUGGGAUCCGAUCACUGUCAAUGUGCUGUUUGAAUUGUGCCAAUUUCUCCUCCUCCUCAUUCUGAUGUAUAUCAUGAACUCACAGUCAGACCACAGUAACUGAGGGGUGGGGAGAGGGACUUUAUGAAAGGAAUUAAAGGGCAGGAAUCUUUGUCCUUCUCCGCCCACACCAGAGUGCUAAGACAUACCAGCAUGUCCUUUCUCCUGGAAGGACUGUGUGGCCUCCUGGGAAACAGGGACUCAGGAGCUGACCUCACUGGCCUGGAAGAAUUUCAGGAGGAAUUGUGUAGGUGGAGAGGGGUCAUUCCUCAGGUCUGUUUCCCAGUCUGGGAUCUGGGAAAGAAACUUCAGACAGAAAUAAAGUAUGUG